CCGUCACUCCAGGAAGGCGGAAAAGCCAUUGGCAGCAGCCUGGUGACCGAGAUGCCGGCGGACUGCAUCUUGGAUGACCAGACUCCGCCUCCACCCAAGUGUGCUGCCUGUUUCCGUCCGCUGGAGGACGCCCUCAUCCUCAGCUGCGACCACAACCUCUGCCUCAUAUGCGCCGCCAACGCUCUCAAAACAAGCACCAACCUGGUAUGGUAUGCAACACGCUGGCAAACGGGACUCUUGCUGCACACGCAGCUGAUGUGGUGACUGCACUCUUUCUGCAGACGAUCCACUGCUCUAUCUGUGGCGCCCCAACGGUGAGUUGUGGGCUCGCUCCUUUGCAAAGCAAUGGCAUCCAUCACUCCCUCCUUCCGUCGUCUUGUCAAUUGCUGCAGGCCGUUGACCCCCAGUCUGCGGAGCAGUUGCUGCAGGGCCCUUCCCCUCCCUCACGCGACCCCAGCUUCGUAGUCUCGCCCCCAUCGUCCACCAGCGGCGCGCCCUCGUUCGCUACCCCAGGCAAGGAGCCGGUUGUUCGCAAGGAGGGGGCGCGGCAUGUCGCCCUCACCCCUUCGCCCCUCCCCCCUCUGCCGACCUUCUCGGCCAAGGGCACAUGCGGACAGCGCGACAGACGGUGAGACACACUGCCAGAGACAUGGACAGCAGUCAUCUCCGGGUGUCCACGUGUCUGAGUGACAAGCAGGGACACUGUCACACAGACAGACAUGGUCAUGUGCCACCCGGUGUCCUCCCACACGUUGACGGCUUAUCGGGGUGAGGCGGUGCGGCCGCUAGGCGGGGCCAACCGUCUGAGUCACGCCAUCGUCCCCCGGAAGCAGCCACAGGAUGCUGAUAAGGUGCGUGGAGAGACAACAAUGACGACAAGGCCACGCUGGAGGGAUGGAUGGAUGCCACGUGUCGUUAAUGUGCAGUUUUCUGACAUCAUUCCGGCGAUUUCCGCCAGCCCAUUCUCGGAGAAUUCGCGACGCAGCUCACUCUCGCUCAAGAGGUGACUCAUUGACACACAAUGGCGUGCCGUUAUGGGUGGGUGGGUGGCAUACAUACUUUUGCGUGCAGUCUGAUGCCGUGUCGCGACCAUCCUGACGAGGUGGUGCAGUACUUCUGCCUCACGUGCGAGUCGGCAUGUGUCUGUGCUGAAUGCGUUAUACACGGUAGGGAGGUACCCAGACAGCUGACAGACGACAUACAGGGCUGUCUGUCUGUCUGUCUGUGUGUGUCUUGGUAGGCAUUCACAAGGGCCACGAGGUGCAGAACAUAAAGCGUGCCUAUCCAUUGGUGAAGGGCAAGGUGGAGGACUACCUAUACAAUGUCACCACACGCGUUGAGGAACUCGCCAUCGUCGAGCAACGAAUCGAACAACACCGGCACGCGCGACUCACCAUUCCAUCACAUUCUUCUCCCCGCUCAGCGAGAGCUGUGUGUCUGUGUCUGUGUCUGUGUCUGUGUGUGUGUCCAUUCCAUCCCAUUAGUCGUGAUCUGACAGCGUCGGUGCACGCGGCCAAACACCAGAUGGCCAAGGCCUUUGAGGUUGAAAAUCGGACACAUGAGCCUAGCCCUCCGUCGGCAACGUGUCUCUCUGCUGCUGGUGAUGGUCUGCUGCCGACAGGAUGUGAAGCAGCGUCUGGUCAAGAAGGAGAGCGAGCUGCUCAAGAACGCUGAGCUCUUCCUUGAGGAGGCAUGUGAUCUGCACAGCGCCGCCCGAGCCAUCAUAUAUAUGAGACACCCUCCCUCCCUCUCACCCUGCCUGUGUUCUGUGUGGGUGUGGGCAGAGUAUGGACGAGUUGGACAGCCACCUGCGUACGGCCAAGGAGAAGAGCCGGCAGCUGGAUGAGUGCGCCGCCAAGAUCAGAAGCCAUGUGGCGGCUGCUGACGAGGUGGGGCUGCUCAACUACUACGCCGACGUCAAAAACUACAUCACCACCCAACUCAGUCAGUUCAGACAGACACUGACAGCCAACAAGCCCAUCGAUCAGCUCAGGUCUCUCUCUCUGUGUGACGCGCUGUGCAGACAGCUUUGACACCGCUGCUUUGGUAGAGCUGCCCGAGGCGGCCACGCGACGGGUGAGCAAGCGGGCAGACAAACAACAGUGGCAGACCCCAGUGACUGAAUGUGUGUGUCUGUGUGUGUGUGCGUCCACCAGGUGGUGUCGAAUGUUGAGAGCACCAGCGCCCACCUCGAAGUAAGCACAGUCAGACAUCACAGAGAGAGAGAGAGAGAGCCACAUGACAUCUAAAGAUGUCUCUUUCACUCCAUCUGUCUGUCCCCCAUGCCAUGCAGGCGCUGCAUUCCCUCAAUCGCAACAUCGCCAACUUGAGAGGCCUCGAGCCACAUCAGCAGCACCACCAACACCAGCAGCAGGAGCAUGCCCCACACCAGACCAAGGCACACGUGUCGCACCCCAAGUUCCCAUCGCCUGCCAGCAACAGCCUCCCGAAGCGCCGCACAUACACCUCUGAGACCAACCUCAUCCAGCAGGAGAGCCAUGUACCAGACGGGCGAUAGAUCAGGCAGGGAUGGAUGCUGCGCGUUUGAUGCGUGUGUGCGGGGCGGGGUGGGGUGGGUUGUUGAUGGACGGACAGAGGCAGACGCUGGAAGGGUGCGAUGCGACUGAGUGAGUGCUGGCUGCAUUCAUUCAUUCAUACCUGGCUUGUUGGAGGCUGAAGCUGAAUUGGAU